AUGUUAUCAAAUCGGUUCCCAUACAUUGCUAUAAAUAAUAAAAACUAUCAGAAGAUAUGUAAAAUUCAUACAUCUUCCUUUAGCAGAGCGUCAUUUAAGGCUGGUGAUAAAAUAAGAAUACAAAAGACUUUGACACAAAAAGAUUUAGAUACAUUUUCAAAUCUAACAAGCGAUCAUAAUUAUUUACAUAAAAAUAAUGGAAAUAAAAGGCCAAUAGUGCAUGGUGCAUUUUUAAAUGGCCUUGUAGCUGGCCUUAUUGGAACACAUUUGCCUGGCCCGGGAACUGUGCUUGUAUCUCAAACUAUGAAGUUUCCAAAUAAGUGUUUUGUUGGUGAAAAAUUAACUAUUAGCGUAGAAUUGGUGGAUGUAAGAAAAAUUCUCAAAGUAAAAUUUUUUUGCAUUGUUGAAGAAGAAAAAAAGAUUGUGUUUGAAGGAGAAGCUAAACUGAUGUUGGCUAAAGAUAGU